UCCCUCGUUAUUGUCCUCUUCAGGGGCCUUGCCUUGGACAUGUCCGCCAUGAAAUCUCUAUAAAAAAAUUCCUAUGGUACUUACCCUGUUUCAAACUUUCCAUACCUAGACUAGACCAGAGAAAGCAAUGGCAGCUGCUUUCUCCUGUUCAGUCUCUUUUCCCUUUAGAUAUUCUCGUAAUGGCAACCGAUAUCGCAGCAGAGUCGAUAUCAAAAUCAAUGCAAGUAGUUCUACAAGGCUACAUACGUUGAACGAAAUCGCCGGAGCUGGAAAAGGUUCCUCUCCUCUUGCUGCCACCACCGAAAACCGGCACAUAGCCGAAGAGCAGAUUCGACAGAAAAUCCCGACACAGAAGCAGCUAGUUGAUUCUUACCGUCAAGGUCUCAUCACCGAAAGGGGAGUUGGUUAUAGACAGACGGUUGUUGUCCGGUCGUACGAAGUUGGUCCUUACAAAACUGCUACCUUGGAAAGCCUCCUAAAUCUUUUCCAGGAAACAGCAUUAAAUCAUGUAUGGAUGUCCGGACUUCUAAGCAAUGGAUUUGGAGCCACACAUGGAAUGAUGAGGAACAACCUCAUAUGGGUUGUCUCAAGAAUGCACGUUCAAGUGGAUCACUAUCCAAUAUGGGGCGAGGUAUUGGAAUUUGACACAUGGGUUGGAGCAUCGGGGAAGAACGGGAUGCGGCGAGAUUGGCUAGUCCGGAGUCAAGCCACAGGCAUCACUUAUGCACGUGCAACUAGCACUUGGGUUAUGAUGAACGAGAAAACGAGGCGACUGUCGAAGAUGCCGGAGGAAGUGAGAGAUGAAAUCUCUCCUUGGUUUAUAGAAAAGCAAGCAAUCAAAGAAGGCAUUCCCGAAAAGAUCGUCAAGUUGGACGAGAACGCAAAAUACGUCAACUCUGACUUAAAGCCAAGGAGGAGUGAUUUGGACAUGAACCACCAUGUGAAUAACGUCAAGUAUGUAAGAUGGAUGCAGGAGACAAUCCCUGACAAAUUUUUGGAGUCUCAUCAGCUGUUUGGUAUUGUAUUAGAAUAUAGAAGGGAAUGUGGGAGUUCGGAUAGAGUUCAAUCACUUUGCCAACCAGAUGAAGAUGAAAUUCAAACAAAUGGAGUGGAACAAAGUCUACUAAAAAACAUGGUUUUGACUUCUGGAAUGGUGGAAGGAAAUGGAUAUUUAGGACUCUUGGAUACGAAGACGUACGGAUAUACUCAUCUCCUCCAAAUCAAAGGGAAGAAUCGAAACGAAGAGAUAGUUCGAGGAAGAACCAGAUGGAGGAAAAAGUAUUCUACAUUGCCAUAUUCCACAUAGUAUUUGACAAGUACACAAGGGAUUUACCAAGCUGAUCCUGCUUGAACAUAAGUGAAAA